GCCUCCUCAUCCCUCAUUCAAAACACUACACAGCUGUUGCGAGACGCACCGUUGUGUCCGAAGCGUUGUAGCUUAAAACGGUUUAUCUUUUUUGCUGUCCUCUGGUGUCCCCGCUGGAAUACCAGAAGCACAAAGAAAGAAGGGACACUCUUGGGCAGCAGCAGCCAGCCUGGGAGAAAGACAGGACUCAAUAGACGGAAAGAAAGAGGGAGAAAAACUGAACAAUAGGCAACUUCACUUCUGGCACUAUGCACAUCUGACACGUAUCUGAGGGCUGGGCAGGCAUUGCUGCAGCUGAGGAUGAUGAGCGGUCUCCUGUGCUAGUGCUAGAUGGUAUGGGAAUGAUGGACCUCCCUAAUGGCCAACCAAGCAUCACUAACACGGCUGCAACUAUCUCUGAGAAGAGCAGCAGCUCAGAAUCUCUCAGCGAUAAGGGAUCUUCAGAGCUGAAGAAGAGUUUUGAUGCUGUUGUGUUCGAUGUGUUGAAGGUGACUCCUGAGGAGUAUGCAGGCCAGAUCACACUCAUGGAUGCUCCUGUGUUUAAAGCCAUCCAGCCAGAGGAGCUGUCGAGCUGUGGCUGGAACAAGAAGGAAAAGCAUAGCUCCGCUCCAAAUGUUGUGGCCUUCACCCGCAGAUUCAAUCAGACAAGUUUCUGGGUGGUACGAGAGAUCCUUCAUGCACAAACCCUGAAGAUCAGAGCUGAGGUGCUGAGUCUGUACAUUCGCACUGCCAAGAAACUGUGUGACAUGAACAACCUCCAUGCUGUCAUGGCUGUGGUGUCAGGAUUACAGAGUGCGCCCAUCUUCAGGCUUACCAAAACAUGGGCGUUACUAAGUCGGAAGGACAAAGCAACGUUUGAUCGACUCGACUACCUGAUGUCCAAAGAAGACAACUAUAAGCGUCUAAGAGACUUCAUUAGUAGUCAGAGCAUGGUCUCUUGCAUACCCUACUUAGGGAUGUACCUGUCUGAUCUGACAUACGUAGACUCAGCCUACCCUUCCACAGGCAGCAUACUGGAGAACGAACAGAGAUCCAACCUGAUGAACAACAUUCUCAGAAUCAUAUCGGACCUGCAGAGAUCUUGUACCUAUGAUAUACCAGUGCUGCUUCACAUACAGAAGUAUUUGAACUCAGUCAGGUAUAUUGAGGAGCUGCAGAAGUUUGUGGAGGAUGAAAAUUACAAGUUGUCACAGAAGAUUGAGCCAGGUACCAGCACACCACGAGCCAACGCGUCCAAAGAGGAUCUUGCUGGCCAGGAAGCUUCAGCAUCCCCUCUCUGCAGCCGUAAGUUUUCAGCUGAAGGAGCCAAAAUCCCGGCCACACCUCCGUCUCCAAGGAACCUGCUGCCCUAUGGACACAGGAAGUGCCACAGCCUGGGUUACAAUUUUAUCCAUAAGAUGAAUACAGUGGAGUUUAAAAGUGCAACGUUUCCAAAUGCUGGUUCUCGCCAUCUGUUGGAUGACAGCGUCUUGGAGAGCCAUAGUCCCACUAGAGGACAAGCAGAGAGCUCAACCCUCUCCAGCGGCAUUUCACUUGGGAGCAGUGAGGGCUCUGAGCUCAGUGAAGAGAUGUCAUGGCCUGCCUUUGAGAGGACUCGGUUCUAUCACUCUCUGGGCCCAGUGACCCGUGUGGCCCGCAUCCCCUACAGAGGAGUCCUGAGGCCCAGCAGCUCAGCAGAAUCGGAGGAACUUGCAGUUCACUUAUACCCAGGAGCAGUCACAGUGCAAGGAGUGCUGAGACGGAAGACUGUGCUCAAGGAGGGCAAAAAACCCACAGUGGCGUCUUGGACCAAAUACUGGGUCGCUCUUUGUGGGACCCAGCUUUACUACUACCCUGCCAAGUCCCUGAAGGCCACUGAGAGGAAACAUUUCAAGUCCACAUCCAGCAAGAGUGUGUGUGUGGUCGGUCUCAUGGCCAUGAUGGCCGAUGAUCCAGAGCAUCCUGAUGUCUUCCUGCUGACAGACUCUGAGCACGGAAACACCUACAAGUACCAGGCAGGGAACAGAAUAAACGCUCUGCUUUGGUUCAAACAUCUGAGUGCUGCCUGUCAGAGCAAUAGACAACAGGUGCCAGCCAAUUUGAUGUCAUUUGAGUGACUGAAAGGUAGAAGUGUAACUGAGCAAAGGAUGAGGAGGAUGAGGAAGAAUACUGACUCAGAUGUGGGAGCUUUCACUGCCAUGAGCCCUGAUAGCUGAUUCUCCGAUUCCAGCCCUGGCCUCACUUCAGCCUCACCUGCCACCACUGCCUUAACCAGAGUUCCUUGUGUGUUUGUGUGUGAGAGCAGGUCUGUGUGGAUAGAAAAGACUGUUUUGGAUGUGUUGACUACUGAACAAGGACCUGCACCACUGCUCUUGUCUCCCAUUCGCGCUCAGUGUCUUUUGUUCAGCACUUCACUGGAGCCCUUUUACCUCUCCUCACUUGCAGACCAAUUGUCCCUGGAAGGAAAGGGGUAAUCCCAUACUUCAGUUUUCUUCUUUUUGAAGGGGAUAAAUUAUUUUUCUAAUCCCCUUCAAUGCUCAAAUGAGAAAUUUCCAUCUUCUGUUUGGCUGGACACACAAUCACAGCACACACUCGCAUCAGACUAACCCACUGGACAUCAGAGGGUUGGAGAUAAUUUUUUCUUAUUUGCUUGUUCACUCUUUCAUUUGUCACUUAAGUCACUUGUGUUGGCUUAAGUUCACAUGAUUAUUUAAUGAACUUUGUACUUUUAAACUCUCACACGCCUCUUUGAUUGCAGCGUUGUGAACGGAAGGGCUUUGAUAUCCACCAUCAGCUCCAGCUAAAACUAUUCUCAAUGUGUUUAGUUUUUUUUUCAGAACUCAACCCUCUUUUUGAAAAGCUUUUCAUACAGAUGUGUGUUUGUGGGACAGUUUAAAUCGGAGGAAAUUUGUGGUCCACAUGGGUACGAUAUAGAGAAUUCCAGUCUAAGCUAAGCUGUGUUCACAGUCGGGCAGAUACUUAAAAGAAACCCUUUUCAAACUUGCAUUUCUUUGUUCGCCAGUGUUGGAUGCCCUUAGUUGCCCAACAUCAGGUGUGAGAGGAAUCGCAGGGUUCACUGGAUUUACACAAACAAAACACUAAAAACCUGAAACUGUGAAAGUCCAAAAUAGAGAGCAACAGGAACUUCUAACACGUGAUUUUAUCUCUUGCUCUUUGUUUCUUGCUAUGAUUUCUGGUCAGAGCUACCCAGAGCCAUGCAAUCUAUUUUAAGUCUUGUUUUUUUUUUUGUUUUUUUUUUGUUUUUUUUUUCUGGGGGGGCGCAUGGUGCGGAUCACAGUAUUACCAUGUAUUAGAUGAUUGCACAGCAAUGUAGGUUUGUCUGUUACAUUUGAAUGUUACAUUUUUUUGUGUUUUCCUUUUUCCUUUUGGAGCAUUUCUGUAGAAUAUUUUAUGAACAUGUGAAUUUAGUUUUUUCUUAAAGAAAAACUAGCACCCCCAUCAGCUCAAUUUUAGGCCCCAGCAAAGUGGUGUCUGAUUUGGAAAUGGCAGAAGCACCUUGGUAAUACUCAGUGCCAAGUGACAUUAUAGCAUCACUGGUUUUCUUCAGAUUGACAAAAUGUUGGAAAGAGGAGAGCUGUGCUGUAAUCAAGUGUAGUAACUGGUUUGUUUCAGUGGGGAAAAUCUGGGAUUUGCUAUUUCAACUGUGCAUCAGUGAUUUGUCGGUGUGCCACAGAGAGAAUAUUGCUGCUUGUUUUUGUGAAAACAUGAGCAAGGAUGCUGGUGAGACAAUGAUGGGUUGCUUUUUGCCCAGUAAUAUUCAACCAUCAAAUUUAGUCGACUUUUUAAAACAGUUGUUUACAUUGUAUGUUUACACAAUCGUCUGCCUUAAUCCCUUCACUGCUCCAGGAUUCAAUGUCCAGUCUGACGGUGGGGUACAACAAACCCAGAGCCUGUUUCAGGCUGGUGAGAAAGAAUGAUGGGAGGGCAGGUGGUCCAUACUUUUAACACAGAUUUCUCUCUAAUUUACUUUACAGUCUGUUGUCUUCUCCAUGCUUAUGUCCAAUUCGUAAACACACUCAUGUAUUAGAACUUGUCCUCAGCACAAUGUACUGUACAAUCUAACAAUCCAUCUUAGCUAAUUUGUUUUUAGGUUAGACAUUAUAAAUUUAGAUAGUUUAAAAAAAGUUCAGUUCUCUGUAUAUUAACUAAAGGAGACAAGGUAGUAGAUGAACCUGUGGAAGAAUGAAUGAGGAAGCCAAAGAAAGGCCUGUGUAAUGUGACAGUCGCUGCAAGUAUGUGUGCGCAUUUGGGCGCCUGUGCAUACUUCUCUAUUUUUU